UUUUCAUUUAAAAAAUUUGAAUCUUAUUAUGAAUUGUAAUGUGUACAUUACAUUCCUGAUUUCAUCUAGUCUAAAAGUUGUACAUAAUGUACGCAAAGAAGGUAUACAAAAAGUAAUGGAUUUUAUUCAUAAACAAAUUCACAAAUUUAGAGGACUAUGCGUUAUGAUUCAGCGAGAUGGAUAUUGUAAAAACAUUCUUUAUCGUAGAAAAAUCAAAAUUAAAUGAAAGUAGUCAGAAUUGAUUACCAUAAAAAACAUUUCUUCAUAGAUAUUUCUUUACAAAGACUGAUGACCUCGCGUUAGAUCAUCGCGCAUAUGAAUAAAACGUUACGUAGAAAAGCGAUAAAAUGUAGAUAUAAAUUAUUAUACCUUGUAUUCUUGCAUAAUGUAUUAUGAACAUCAAUAUAAAGGAUUAAUGGUAUUGCGACAGUUGAAAAAUAGACUAAAAUGUAACACAUUAUUUAUUUAAAUAUAAACAAAUCCUGAUGCCUACUAAACUCUAUAAAUCAAGACUGGACAUUAAAAAAUGUCAAAUAAUAUAGAAAUUAAUUAUUUAUCGUUUCUAAAUAGCUACAUCGAAGACUGUGCUUUAUUGCACACUAUAUACACAUUGCAUACCGAUCUUUCUCUCUCUCAUCUCUGUAAUAAUAUAAAUAUAAAUUUACUUUACAUCAUGCAAGAAUGGUACGAAUGAAUUCACCUGUUUCUAUAGUAACAAAAGGUAAAAUAUGUCCAUAACCUAAAGAAACAUGGAAUUGUGCGAAUACAACUACAAUUUAUAAUAGUAUUCUUUACUGUUUUAAAAACAAUGUCUGCAGAAAAUCGAGAAGAAUCUAUGCGGGAAACUGCAUUACGGCUCGCUAUAGAAGAAGAAAACAGACGCAAGAGUGAUCCAAAUGAAACUCACGAACGAUCCAUUAUUAUCCUUGGUAGUAAGGGAAUUGGUAAAACAACAAUGGUAUAUCGAUUUCUCGAAAAAGACGAAAGACCAAAACCGACUAUAGCGAUGGAUUAUUCGUUUGGUCGCAAAACUGUGAAAAGUUUAGUGAAAAAUAUAGUGCACGUGUGGGAAGUAGGUCACUUGACUUCUUCUUUGGUAUCCGUUGCAAUGACCGGAUCUACAUUAACACAUUCUCCUCAUCAUACUGUCUUAUUGAUGAUGCUGGAUUUAUCGCGACCAGACGAAUUAUGGACUUCCUUCGAGGAAACCCUUUCUGUACUACGAAGCGGUUUGAAAAUGAGUUAUGAUUCCGAGACAAUUAAAAAAUUACAGGAAAAAAGAAUAGCAAGCAUAAAAAAAGAUAUGGAACGUGGAGUUGAUCCGUUCCCGAUGCAGAUGUGUAUCUUAGGUGGACGAUAUGAUGAAUUCAAGGAAUUCGACUCGAAUAAAAAAGAAUUUAUUGGCAAGAUACUCAGAGCAAUAGCUCACAGUUUAGGUUCAAGUCUUUAUUAUUAUUCAUCUAAAGAUAAGUUUCUCGUGCGACGACUUAAAGAUCUAUUAUCUCAUUACGGAUUCGGUUCUUCAUUUACGGAAGAAAAGUGCACGGAUUAUGAGAAACCAUUAAUGAUGCCGGCGGGCGCGGAUUCCUUCGGACGAAUCGAUUUGCAAUUUCCUCAAACGAGACCAUCGGCAAUUUUAGACAUCAUCAAACAAAUCUAUAUCUCCCGCAUACCGCAAGUAUCGAGAAACGACGAAAGUAUUUUGGAAGAUCCCAGUAAUGAUCCUAAUUUUAACGAGCCUAUUAUCGAUAGACUGAGAAUGCAGCGGGAAGAGGAGAUCAGUGUACUAUUGAAUGACAUGAUGGAAGGUCGUAUGCCGAAAAUUCCUGUGCCUGAUCCGAUUUAAAGAGUAUUUCUUUUCGCGUUACAUUUUUAAAGCGAUAAAUAGAAAUAGCUAGGAUAAUUUGGUUGAGAUAAUUUACAAUCUAUCUAGUAUAAUUUAUAAUAUAUAUAAA